AUGAAAUACACCUUCCCCUUCACCAUCCUGGUGGCGGCCGUCGCCGUCGACGCGGCCGCCGUCGACUCGGUCAACGAGAAGCACUGGUGUGAGAUGGCUGGCCAAGCCUGCGAUACCGUCAAGCGCGCGGCCGAAGCUUUUGCCAACGCCCUCUCUGAGACCUCCCACCUGGCAGCCCGUGACGACUCCAUGAGCGAGACAGCCUUCAUUGCCCGCCGCCAACUGGACGAACUGGCCCUUGCCAUCGCCGCCAGCCAUCACAACCCCGUCGUCUACUACAACGCCCUGCGCUUCGGGUACCAUCCCUACGAAGAAGAGGACGCUGGCGAAGACAUUAGCAGCAGCAACGACGAUGACAAGAAAACUGAGAAGCGCGGCCUCAGGGGCAGCUGGUGCACCCGCUUCCCGGGCCAGCCCUGCUGGAAGCGCGAAUGGAACCCUGAGAAGCGCGAGGCUGUCGGCGUCUGGUGCAGCCAGCUGACUGGCCAAGCGUGCUGGGCACAUGAGAGAGACCUUGAAGCUGCUGGCGUCGAGAAGCGCGGCUUGAGGGGUAGCUGGUGUACCCGCUUCCCGGGCCAGCCUUGCUGGAAGCGUUCGGAUGGUACUGAGACGCUUGACCCUCGUGAGGCUGCCGACCCAAGUGCCCUCCUCCUUCCCACUGCUCAACCCGAGAAGCGCGGUCUGAGAGGUAGCUGGUGUACCCGCUUCCCCGGCCAGCCAUGUUGGAAACGUUCCGACGGUACGGAAACCCUUGAUCCACGUGAAGCUGCCGACCCUUUUUCUGUUCUUCUACCCUUGGGUCAGCCAGAGAAACGUGGCUUGAAGGGCAGCUGGUGCACACGGUUUCCCGGCCAGCCAUGCUGGAAGCGCUCCGACGGCAGCGAGACUCUCGACCCCCGCGAAGCAGCCGAUCCAACCGACAUUCUGCUCCCGGUCGAAAAACGUGAGGCUUCAACACAAUCUCGGUGCACUGGGCAGUCAUGCUGGAAGCGCUCCGAGGUCUCCGCCUCCAAAGGCAGUGCCUCCCCGCAAUCCUGCACCCGUUUCGUCGGUGAGUCCUGCUGGAAGCGCGAUUCUAGCCCCGACGCUCUCUGUCAACACAAGCGGUGCAUCUCCGAAGGCGGCGCUUGCUGGCGGGCGAAGCGUGCCGCCGAGGCCGUGAUCUCCGCGAUCGACGCAGGGAAUGCAGCAAACGCUCAUCACACCAAGAGGGAGGUUGAGAAACAGUCGUGGUGUAAAUUGUUCCCGGGGCAGCCGUGCUGGAAGCGGGCGGCGGAAGUGGAAAGGAGUUGUUAUGGCCCGGCGGGGGCGUGCACUAAGGCGACGCGGGAUCUGCAUGCGAUGUAUAAUGCGGCGAGGAGCAUUCUUGAGGCCAAUAACUAA